AUGAGUAAAAUUAACCUGGAUGAGGACUGGGAUCCUGCGAAAUACGACGCCGAAAUGGAAAGCUUGUUCAAUGAUGAUUAUUACGGAGAAGACGAAGAGAAUCCGGAUGUGAAGCCGGAUCUUCAUUUAGAGGAGAUUUUGGAUGAAGACGAGCUUCCUGAAGAGGUGAAGAAAGAAAUGGAAGUCGAAGAGAAGGAAGAAGAAGAAGAUUCGGAAGAUGAAGAUCAUGAGAAAGGAAGUGAUGAGGAAUUGUUGGAUGAAGAGAAGGAAAAUGAGAAUGAGAAUGAAAAACGAACGGAGGAAGAAGAUGAAGAAUUGAAGAAGCAUCGAGAAGAGGCUGAGAAGCUCGUCGAUGAGCUCUACAAUCUCGAUUACGAAGAUAUGAUCGGCGACACUCCCGUGCGCUUCCACUACACGAAGGUCCGUCCUCUCUCCUAUGGCUUAUCGACGGAUGAAAUUCUCCAGGCGGACGAUAGCGAGCUGCGCAAGUUCGUGUCGAUUAAGAAGCUCGCGCCGUAUCGCGAUCACGAAUGGAGAAUUACAAAGAACAAGGUGGGGAAAGAGAGGAGCAGGAAGCGAAGGAGAACCGAAAGAAGGAGAAGAAGCAGCGAAAGAAGGAGAAGAAGGAAGCAGAGCGAAGAAUGA